UUGAACUUUCUCUGAAAAAAGAACAAACAACAAAAGAGAAAGUAACCAUGGCAAGCUUGUACCACGUUCGCUCAAAUAGUUUUCCUUCUGGAUCUCAUCCUAGCUCCAUUAGAAAAGAGGAGGAACUAAGCAAAAUGAAGACAUGGGAAGCCACAUCCACUUCAACAUCUAAAUCAAUUGGCACUGGCCUAUCCUUACUUGAAGAUUUAUAUAUUUGCUUGGAAGAUCUUCUUAAUGUGGCAUCAACGCAAAAAGUGAUUUCUAACCAUCAAGGUGAGAAAUGCAUGGAAGAAUUGCUUGAUGGUUCAGUGGGAAUUUUGGAUAUUUGUGGCAUUACAAGGAACACCAUGCCACAAGUUAAGGAAAAUGUUCAAGCACUUCAUUCUGCUCUUAGAAGGAGAAAGGGGGAUUCGAGUAUUGAAAAAAGUGUAGCUGAAUAUAACUUCUUCACAAAAAAGAUGAAGAAGAAUGCCAAGCAGUUGAUGACAUCUUUGAAACAGAUGGAAAGCAAAUUUGGAGUAUACCCAAUUUUGAAUCAAGAUCAAGACCUUGCUGCUGUGAUCAGAGUUCUUAGGGAGGUCAUCACAAUGAACAUGUCCAUCUUGCAAUCCCUUUUGUCUUACAUGGCUGGACCUGCUUCAAAGUCAAAGUCAACUAAAUGGUUGAUGGUGGCAAGGUUGAUGCAUAAGAAGAGGGUAAUAUCAUGUGAAGAAGACUCUCAGAAUUUCAAUGAGUUGCAGUGUGUGGAAGCAUCUUUAAGCACCCUUCUAAGUGAAGGUACUAAUGUUUCCAAGGUGCAGAGUGUCCGUGACAGAUUGGAGGCUUUGGAAAAUGCCAUUGAAAGCCUAGAAAAUGGUUUGGAGAGAAUGUUUAGGCGCUUGGUUAGAACAAGAGCCAACCUUUUGAACAUAAUGACUCAAUAGAGAGUGCUCAAUUGUAAUUCUGUCACCAAAUCCUGCUAAGCAUCCAAAUUGUAGGGUUCUGCUGAAGAUGCAAAAAUUUUGUAUCAUCAAUUUUUACAUGUAUAUAUAUACAAUUCGAUAGUUACACAAUCAAAUACAACGAAAAGUUCAUAGAAAA